CUUUGCUGUGAAAGUGCGUCCGUAUCUAAAGUUUUUAACAGUUAUUUAAAGGCUUCGACCGUUUAGCGGCAACUUCAAAUGUGAUUUUAAAAUAAACGGUGAGUUCUGUGAAAGAAACAGCUUAUUUUAAGUAGAAGGUAUGCGGGCUCAAAAGAUACCCGCUGCCUUGCUACUGUUGCUCAUCGCAAUAGAUUCCCUGCACGCCAACAGAAGGAAGCAAAAGGAGAAAAUAGUUCAAACGGCAAUCAAUAUUUGUGACAUAAGCGACAGAGACUCCAAAGUGCACUGCUACUGCGAAAAUAGCCAAGAUAUAAACGAAGCUAUUAAAACAGAAUGCUGGGUGUUCAAUGGAGGCAUAGACAGAGCGGACCCUUUGUGGUCAAGCUUCACUUCACAAAUGAACAUAGAAACGCUCGCAUUCAACGUACGUGCCGAUGGGGGACUAAGCUUCGUGCCCACGAGAGUGCUAAGAUAUCUGCGAAAAUUGACGCAAUUUAGCAUAAAGUACAGCUCGAUACCUAAGAUUGAGUCAUACACAUUCGUAAACGUAACUUCUGUUCGCGAAAUGACAUUGACCAAAAAUCAAAUAGUUGUUUUGAGCAAACAUGCGUUUUUCAACCUGCCUAAUCUCACAGUACUGACGUUAGACGAGAACAAAAUCAAGAAAAUCGAAACGGAAACCUUCUAUGAGCUCCCAGCGCUACAAAAACUUUUCUUAACUAGUAAUAAUAUAAGCGUCAUAGAAGACGGUGCAUUCAGGCAUCUUGUAAAUUUACUAGAGUUAGAAAUCGAUAAGAAUAACAUAAGUGAAUUAAAAAAAGAAUGUUUCGAUGGACUUGCUAAUUUAAAGAGAUUAGACUUAAGGAAAAAUAAGAUAGCUAUUUUAAAUUCAUUUACAUUUAUCGAGCUAUGGAACCUUCAAGAACUAUUAUUAGAUUAUAAUGAAAUUUAUAUUUUGGCCCAGAGAACAUUCGAUGGUCUUUCACAAUUAAAGAAAUUGAGCUUAAGUCAUAAUAGAUUGAUAACUUUAGUUGAUGGAUUGUUCGAAGGAGUUCGAGGUUUGUCAGCUUUGGAUUUAAGACAUAAUAAAUUAAAGAGAUUUACAUUUGAAAACCUGCGCCCAAUUUACGACAACUUAAAACUUCAGAAAAGCUACAUCUUUCUAGAAGGAAACGACUUCGAUUGUGACUGCCAUUUGGCUUGGAUGCACAAACUACGCCACGAGACGAAGAGUAGCAAAGUUAGAACGUCCUUCGAGAACUUCGUUUGUAAAUUUAACUCUGAUCUCUCACCAAAUUCACACUUUACGUAUUACGAGAGGAUCGAUACUAAAAAUAAUAUAGACAGUGAUAAAAUAAGAGACGAUGUAGACAACACAGAUGAAUUUCACGACGAAAUCGAUGAGAGUUAUUUGGAUGAACCAAAGAGAGUGAGAGGUGAUAACGAAAGAACGUUAUUACAAAUUCCCGUGGAGUUAUUGCCUUGUCCCGCCGAGGUUAAGAGCGUCACCGACAGAACCUACACUUACCCAUCUCAAAACGAGGCGAAGGAUUAUAGGAAUCUCAUAACAACAUCGUCUAUUUCGCCGGUCGGCAUAAAUAUUUCAGUUUUCCUCUUAUCAUUACUUUUAUUGUUAGGGUAAGGAUAAGUAAUAAUAAAUAUUUUGCGAUAUUUGUUACGCUUCACGUCCCGAUUGAGUUUUAGGGACGUUUGAUUUUAUUCGGCCUUAUGAGUUUGAUCUUUAUAUUAUUUGAUCUUAUAAAAGUAAAUUGGAUUCCGCAGUGCAUACGGCCGAUUUAAUUCCUGGAUUCAAUUACUUUCAACGUCUGAAUGCCAAGCUUUGUAUAAAUAAGCUGUCAUUUGCGUUAACCGCAUUAUUAUUGAAGAGAUUAAAUAAAUGAGAUAUUUGUUCGGCUAUUAUGCAUUUUCUAUUCAAUUGAAACCACAAUGUACAUAUUCAAAAUUACAUUCACGGUCUGUUGAAUAACCGAUAUGUAUAAUAUUUACUGUAUAUAUAAUUUAAGAGAUUUUGUAAAGAAAUGUGAUAUAAUUGUAAGAAUAUUUUUUAUUGUUUAAAAAACUUAUUAUGAUUGCGUUGAAUAUGCUGAUUUCCAUGGAUUUUAUCACGAUCUCGUUGUAAACGUAUUUUAAAAGUCUUGUAAAUAUUUGUUUUUAUUGUAAAAAUAUUAAAUUAACAUAAUGUAAAUAAAUAAUUGUAAAAUUAUAUUCAUAGAGGUCAUCUGUAUGCCAAUGCAUUACCUAUUUAUAAUAAUCGAACAAUUAUCGUCUCAUACAUUAAAAAGCAACACUUCCGUUAAUAUAUAUUUUUAGGUAAAUUUAGAUACAAAAAUGUUUAAUUUAACAAAUUCUAUUAUUUCAGGACAUUUGCUCACAUAGAGCUACAUUGUGAAACAUGCUAUCUAUAAUUACAGUAACCCACCUCAUUUCAGUUAAUUGAAAUAUUCGUCACAAAAAUAUCCCUCGUAUUUCAAUCCGGUGAAAUGUGUUCCCGUGACCCGACCCUCAGGAAAAUUAAGGGCCUCAAAUUAAAGGGCAAAACUAACGUAGUUAGAGAUAAUAAUGUAGACGUGUGACCUUGUUCAGGGCAAACAAUUUUGAACUAAAAGGACUAACAUUUAGAGAUUUUAUCUAAAAUAACAAAAUAUUUGGCAGUGCAAGCGGCCCCGUAACUCCAUGAUUUUAUUUGCUAUUUGACCUCGCUGUGAAAAAAUAAAACUUUUGCUCUACAGCAGUGGGUAAUUCUUGUAUGACUAUUUUUCGUUUGCUAGUGCAACUAAAGCGUGAGGUUUAUAAAUUCCUGUAUUUUUAUUAUACAUGUAUACAUUGUUCAUAUCGUUUAAAUUUAUAUGCUAGUUUUUGGAAUUUAAAAGAACAUUUAGUUUUGACUGAAUCUUGUAUUGCUUUUGAUCAACUUUUGAUAAAAAUAACAUCCCUUUGUUCAGUGUGUCAUUCGGCUAUGAAUGAUUUAUUUGAAAAACUUCUAAGAACUGAUGAAUAUCAAUGAUAUUUCAAAAUCUUCGAGUAAUUCUCAAGCAAAAACCAUUUAGUUCAUUACCUGUAUAUUUUAAUCUAACCUCUUUUACAAUAAUAUUUCAUUGUGUAUUCAGCUUUCGCGCCAAAAAAAUUGCUACCUACUUUAUGUAAAGAAUGAAACUUCUAGAUGUUGAAAUAAAGGGUGAAAAUUAUCUCUUACACAUAAUGGAAUACUGCUGCAUACCUAAUGGAAUACAACUGGAUACAAGGAAAGAUAGAUAUUAUUUUUAUUUUGAUAUAGCACGUUCGGCUAUGAAAUUUUCAUAUAAGUAAAAUGAAAUUCAAUAAUCAAAACACAAUCAAAACUGGUUAAAUACUAAUUAGAAUUGAAUUUUAAUGAAUGCUUUUGCGGUUGUGGUGAAUUUAGAAUACAUUUUCCAUCAUUGGAUGCACAAUUACUUUUUCAUUCGAGCCUCUCUGUCCUUGGUUAUUUCAAAAUUGUAUUUAUACUGUUUCCAAUUUAAAUGUUUGUGAUGUUAUUGAGUUUAAUUGUUACUCGAUGAAGCUUUGUAGUGGAACGGAUUUUGUUAACUAACUUUUAAGGAUUUUGAUUGGUUGUUAUUUAAGGAUUGGAUUGUAAAAUUUGUUAAUUUAAUUUGUAUAAGAUUACUUUUGAUUUAGUUAUACUAUGGUAACGGUUAUUGGCAAAGAGAGUAGUUAUAAUAUACUUAUUAUAUUUUCAUAUGUGUGUCUUUCCUUUGAUAUAAAGAAUGGGUUUAGUGUAAUAUUAUUUUAAUUAACUUAUAUGUCACAACUCACAUGAGUAAAUGCAGCAUGUACUAGACUCUAGAGUGGAGACCGCGGCUCGGCAAACGUAGCGUAGGACGCCCUGCUACAAGGUGGAGUGACGACAUCCGCAGG